CAAACGUCCGCCCUUUUUUAUUUUUAUUUUUUAUUUUUUGCAAAACACCCGCACACCACAACAUGCAGCCGCGCAAAUGCACAUUCCUCGACAACAUUACCUUGAUAAAUGGUCGCCGAGCUGGCUCACACGCACCGCUCCUCCUGGGCUGGAUCUUAAUAUUUUUCCUUUAUUUUUUUUAUUUAUUUUUUGCCCUGCGUUUCCCUGCAGUUACAGCACAUGGCCACUAGAGUGCGCCUGGCGCCUCCACAGGCACAGAAGAAGCCCCCCAUAUCACAGCCGAAUGCGUCAAGCGGUCCGUGGGCAGCAAUAGGGGACACCUCGGCAGCGUGUUGACGGGGCCUUAAGCAACAGGAUCCGGUCUAACGAACCCAUCAUAGGCGCCUUCAAAAAAAGGGUUUCCAGUCAGAGCCAUGGGGUUCACACACCUUUCUGUGAUACUGUCCUUCACCAUAAUCCACCUAGUUUCAGGCAUGAGCUUUAUGAAUCCUGAGACUGACACAUCACCAACAUCGCCGCCUGACUCAUAUCCUCUCGGUGACCUGAUCCACGCGGCCCUACAGAGUAAAGAAUACUUGGCUGAGGCUUCUACUACCGCGGCAGGCACUACCACCAAUCCGACACAGGCGGCGCCCGGAGUCAGGCGCAGCGAGUCUACCGCCACGGUCAUUUCGCCAGGACUGCUGACCACGGCGUUAGGAUCAUCCUCUACUGGAGGCCACAUUGGAUCGAGAAACCGCAUGUCCUUCGUGCCCAUAGAAGAGGAGACGACCACUACUCUAAUCACCACCACUACGAUAACCACAAUGCACAUGCCAGUUCAGUGCAAUGCAUCGUUGUCCGCAAUGGAGGAUGUUGUAGAGUCACCAGAUUCUGCAUCGUCAUCAUCUUCCCCCCCCCUUGAAUGCACCUACAGCAUCACAGUGUAUGCAGGCUAUGGUGUGGAGAUUCAGGUGAGGAAGGUGAACCUAUCCAAAGAUGAGUCGCUGACCAUCAUGGGUUACGGGGGUCCGGCACCAGAGCUGUUGGCAAAUGAGACACUGAUUAGGGAGGGUCAAGUGAUUCGCAGUACAACCAAUCAGGUGCACAUCCAUUAUCGCAGUCGCCAGCAGAGCAACCAUGGAAAGUUUAUCCUCAACUAUCAAGCUUUUAUGCUGUCCUGUCCGUUCCCUCGUUCCCCGGAAAGCGGCGGCGUCACCGUGACCGACAUCCACCCAGGUGGUCAGGCACACUUCCACUGUGAUCCAGGUUUCCAAGUCCGAGGUCACGAGGUGGCGACAUGCGUCAACACCACACAACCACACUGGAGCACGCCCGAACCCCAAUGUGACGUGUCUUGUGGAGGAUGGAUUCGUAAUGCAACAGUGGGCCGAAUACAGUCACCGCCCCCUCCGUCUGUCGCCAACCACAGCAACGGCAACAACCUGAGCUGCCACUGGUUGUUGGAGGCCAAAGAAGGCCACAAACUUCACCUGCACUUUGAGAGGAUCGCGCUGGAUGAAGAUGACGACAAGUUAAUUGUGCGCAGUGGAAACAGUUCGCUGUCAUCACCGCUCUUCGACUCAGAUUUAGAUGACGUCCCGGAGCACGGACUCCUGAGCGAGAGCACCUCACUGUACUUAGAGCUCACUGCUGAUUCAUCCUCCAUCCCUCUUCUCCUGGCGCUGCGGUAUGAGGCUUUCGAUGACGAGCACUGCUGGGAGCCCUACAUGCCUCAUGGCAACUUCAGCAGCAGCGACAUCACCUACCAGCUGGGCACCACCGUUACCUUCAGCUGCUCUCCAGGCUAUGUCAUGGAACAGGGCUCAGCCACUAUUGAGUGUGUGGACGCCAGCAAUCCCCACUGGAAUGAUAGUGAACCUGUGUGCAAAGCUCUGUGUGGAGGGGAGCUGACCGAACCCUCUGGCACCAUCCUGUCUCCUGAUUGGCCCCAGAGCUACUCCAAGGGUCUGGAUUGCUUAUGGCAGAUCCACGGCAACGAGGAGAAGCGCAUUGAACUGGACAUCCAUAUUUUAAAUAUUCGCCACACUGACGUGCUGACCAUUUUUGACGGCCGCGAUCUCAUGUCCCACGCUAUCGGCCAGUACCUGGGAUCCAAAGAACGCUUCAAAGUCGUGUCAGGGGGGUCAGAGGUCACCAUUCAAUUCCAGAGUGAUCCGGAGGAUUCCAGCUUCAUCCUAAGUCAGGGAUUCCUCAUUCAUUAUCGUGAGGUGGAGCCAAAUGACACCUGCCCCACUCUUCCUCAAAUCGAGUUUGGAUGGAUCAGCUCGUCCCACUCUGCCCCCGUGAGAGGAAGUGUACUGACCUAUCAGUGCCAACCAGGAUUUGACAUCAAUGGUUCGGACAUCAUCACCUGUCAGUGGGACCUCUCCUGGAGUAGCAGCCCACCUACCUGUGUCAAAGUCCAGCAGUGUCCUGACCCGGGCGAGGUUGUCAACGGAGCACGCUCAGUGCGCCCCGAAGCCGGCUUUGCAGUCGGAACAGUCGUCCGUUUCUCCUGUAACCAAGGUUACCAACUUGAGGGCCCCAGCCAAAUCUCCUGUCACGGACGAGAUACCGGUACACCCAAAUGGAGCGACCACAGCCCUAAGUGUGUCUUAAAAUACGACCCAUGCCCCAACCCUGGCGUCCCUGACAAUGGUUACCAAACGUUGUACAAGCACAGCUACCAGGCAGGAGAAAAUCUGCGCUUCUUCUGCUACGAAGGCUAUGAGCUCAUCGGUGAGGUGAUUAUUUCCUGUGUUCCCGGACAUCCGUCUCAGUGGAACAGCCCACCACCAUUUUGCAAAGUGGCCUAUGAGGAGCUUCUGGAUGAUCACAAAUCAGAAGCGUCCCAAUCGUUUGAGCCCUCCCACCAGAUCCUAAGUGAGAACAUUGCUUUGGCAAUAAUUUUGCCCAUCAUUCUGGUCAUCCUCCUGAUUGGCGGCAUUUAUAUGUACUAUACAAACAUCUGCAGACUAGAAUGGAAGCCACUCUUCUGGAAGUCUCUGUCUCACACACACUCCUACAGUCCCAUCACAGUCGAGUCCGAUUUCAACAACCCGCUGUAUGAGGCAGGGGAUACACGGGAGUAUGAAGUGUCCAUUUAAGUUUGGUAAGACUGAACCAUGAUAAUAUGAAUUUCUUUAAUAGGACAAAAUGUUUUUAUUACUACAAGACCAUCAAAUCCGCCAUUUACUUUUUUAAACAAUUGCUUAGUUGAAUUGUGUGAAUGCUGAAAAGUAUUUCUUCUUUCUGUUCCGCAGUUUUUUGUCCACCGUCUUUUCCCACAGUUUCAAGUUCAAAUAUCAAAAAGUUUGGCUCAGUCAGGAACUUAGCUAUCUCUUUUUUUUUAACUUUCCACGUUUUCCGGAACAUUUUUCCCAUUGAAAACAGUCAAACCCACAAUUUUUCCAGUUCCACAAAAUUCCCGGUUUUGCCGGAACUCCCUUUUUUCAAUUACGGAAUGUCCACUUAUUUUAUGUCGACUCCUUUCCCGUAAUUUUUCAACCAAUGUCAGCUGUUCCACCAUCAAAACAUUCCUCUUUGUCAGCCCAAUCUAAAUUUUAUUGUUUUUAAGAAAAAUUCCCAGUUUUUCAAUAGGCUAUUCCCGCUUUUCCGUAACUGUUUAAAAGUUUUACUACUUCCACAUUUCUCAACGGAUUUAAACGGUGCCAACUCAAACCUAUUCAGCGCCUUCACGGAAAUUGUGCUAUUUUCCACAUUCUCUAAUUUCCUGCUCAUAAUACGUAUUCUUUAUUAAAAGCUGUUACCACUUUCACAUUUCCCAACCUAUUUUCCACCAUUCCAAAGUCAAAAUGCUCUUAUGUAACUAGCAUGCUAACUUAUUUUUAGUUAUUUUUACAGAGUAACACAUGCUAACUGUUAACAUGCUAACAUCAGCAUGCUAACUAAUUCGACACAUUUUUAGCUUAUUUUGCAGGCAUACACCUCAGAGUCAUAUAACUUAGUAUUUGACACAUGCUAAUUGUGUGCAUACAUGCGAACUGUUAGCAUGCUAAUGUUAGCUUUUCAACUCGGGUUGGGCAUUUCAGCAUUCACACGCUUUUUUUUGUGCACCGUCUUUUCCCACGGUUUCAAGUUCAAGUAUCAAAACGUUCGGCUCAGUCAGGACACGUUAGCAACCUUUUUUUUUUUUUUACUUUCCACGUUUCCCGGGACAUUUUUCCCAUUGAAAACUGUGAAACCAACAAUUUUUCCAGUUCCACAAAAUUUCCGGUUUUCCCGGAAUUCCCUUAUUUUUCAAUUACAGAAUGUCCACCUUUUUUUAAUUUGACUACUUCUCCCACAUUUUUAAACCGACGUACUGUUAGUUAUGUAACUAGCAUGCAAAUAUAUAUUUAGUUAUUUUUACAGUCAUAUUGGUACUUGACACAUGCUAACUGUUAACAUGCUAACGUCAGCAUGCUAACUGGUUCAACUAAUUCUUCACGUUUAGCUUAUUUUGCAGGCAUACGCCUCAGAGUCAUUUAACUUAGUACUUGACACGUGCUAAUUGUGUGUAUACAUGCUAACUGUUAGCAUGCUAACGUUAGCUUUUCAACUCGGCUUGUGCAUUUCAGCAUUCACACGCAAUAUUUCCCCGAAAUAGCAUAUUCAAGUUAUGGAAGCGCUAUUUUGAUUUGGUGGAUUCGACAUCUCAGUCCGGUUCUCCGCUACAUUGGAACCGGUGCCUUAUAAGGGGUAACAAAUUGGUCUUUAGGAAAUACCGUAUUUCCUUGAAUUGGCGCAGGGCAUAGAGUAUGCGCCUGCCUUGAAUUACUGCCGGGUCAAACUCUCUUCUCAAAAUAAUUAGUGCAUGCUUAGUAUUACCGCCUGGUCAAACCCGUGACGUCACGAGUGACACUUCCCCUGACAUCAUUUUCAAAAUGGAGGAGGCUGAUUUCAAUACCGGUAAUUUGAAAUCGCAUAAAGGGAAGAAGAUUAAGAGCUAUUCAGUAGGAUUUAAGGUCCAAGCUUACAUCACACUCAAAUUUUUACUGCAUACCUUUGGUAAGUGCCAGAGAGGUUUUAAAAUAAUUAGCGCAUGCUUACUUUUACCGCAUGCCAUUGGUAAGCGCAGGAGUGAGAAGAGGUUUUAAAUUAAUUAGCGCCCCGGCGGCAAUUCAAGGAAUAUUUUUUAAUUAAGUUACAUCUAGGCCUAAACAUUGAAGGAAGAAUUGCUUUUCUUUUUUUUUAGUUAAGUUAUAUCAAGGCCAAAACAUAGAAGGAAUUAGCAAUAGCAACAACAAGCAAAUUUUACACACGACCAAAUAAAAUGCACUUGAAUGUUUAUUUUUAUGUGAAAUGUUUGUAACUCACCAUUUUCCCCCCACUUUGUCUUUUUUUCGUGUAAGGUUGACACAAACACAUUGAAUGUAAAUAUGUGACUUGAUAUUGACUGAGGUUGGUAUAUAUAUAUACAGUACUUGAUUAAAUAUAUAUAUAUUUAAAUAUAUAUAUAUAAACCUCAUAUUUAACUUGGUCAGGGGAGGUUGUAUAUUUUCAUUAAACAGAUAAUGAAAUUUCAGUGCCAAAAUAUGAGAAGAUAAAAUCAACGUCCUCAAGUGUUUCAUCUGUUGUUGCGUAGUGUUUACAGACAAUGUUAAUUUAUUUAUUUAUUUAUUUGUUUUCUACAAAAGCAAUGUCACCUAGUGUCUCAUGACAUGUAGUACAAGAAAAAGCGAGGACAAGAAUGUCAUUAUGCUUAUAGCAUGCACUGAUUGUAAAUUAUAUUGCUUCUGCUUAGUCUUGCCAUGAUCAUCAUAGUUAUUGACAUAUCAGAUUUGAUGUUGUAUGCACUAUGUUGAUGAAAAAUUACGACCCUGGCUGUUCGCUGUAAUGCAUUAUGUAUUUAUUUGAAAUGGAUUAUACGCGCGGCCAGUAUUUGUCUCAUUCGCCGCGCCGAAUGCGAGGUCUCGGAGACUGUUGCUUAGUAGACUGAAGUAUUUUCAUCAGUAGCAUUCCUUUGCUUCAUAUAUGAGUACUUUCUUUUGAAGACAGUUAUUUAUUUGCUGAACUUGAAAUAAAGUCUUUGUUGAAUGGUGUCAAA